AUGGGUUGCUGUUUGGGCACCGCCAGGACCCCAAAACCAGUCCCACCACACCCCAACAAUGGCCCCAACCCCCGCCACCACCACCCCCAUCCCCACUACCACGCCAAGAAACCCAACUCUCUGACCCAAACCCAUGUCGAAAAACCCGAAACCAGAUCCCCACCACCACCGCUGGUUGUGGAAGAAGAGUCUGUGAAAGAGGUCCUCUCCGAAACCCCAAUUUCCAAGCCAACACAAAACCCAGAAAUUCCCCCGGAGAAAAACACCCUUUCGCCUCCGAAAGAAGAACCAGAUUUCGUGGAAGAAGAACCCAAAUUGCAAGCUGAGCCGCCGCCCCCGCCCAAAGAGGCGGCGGUUUCCGAGGCUUCUCAGCUUUCAGAGCCGUGUGGGAUCAGCGAGAGCUACUCGUACUCAACGACGACCACCACCACUACUAUAGCAGAUGCCAGAGAAGACGAAGCUACCAGUAAUCGGAAGCGGGAAUUGGGCCCCAGAGCAAAUGGGUCUUCUGGGCCGGUGGUGCGACGGAAGCGUCCUUACUCCGGCGAGGUUGCUAGCCAGAGAGAGAGAGGGCCCAAGCCGCCGAGGAGGACGCCGGAGCCGGCGGCUGGGAAGAGGAACCGGACGGAGACGACGUCGUUCCGGGGACGGGAAUCGGGUCAGCUGAGGACCAUGCAGCGGAGUGGUGCGGUUCCUACUGGAGUGAGGCGUGAAACGGUGUCGUCCAGGUCGAGGUCACCGGCUACCCGGAAUGCGGGUGGAGUGAAUCGAGCGGGUAGAGGAAAGAGCCCCGCGAAGGUGACCGGACGAGCCGGUGGCAGUUCUUCCUCGGUGGGUGUAGAGGAGAGUGAGAAGAAGGGUAACAACGAGCCUAAAGAGGAAGUACUGUUGGCCGGAAAAAAGGAGCCUGAAGAGGAGCAACGAAACGACGGCGUUUCACAGCCGCAGCAGGGGAAGGAGUCCCUUGACAACCCUCUGGUUUCGUUAGAGUGCUUCAUCUUUGUCUAG